AUGCAUGCAUUGUCACCACAUCACGCGCGAUCUCCGUCGCCUUACAUCGCGACCUCCUCCCAGCUUGCUGCCUCCAGCUGGACUGUCCCCACCCCAGCUUACACUCGCCCGCGCGGUCUGCGGAUAGCAAACCUACUUAAACCUUGGAUUCCUAUAAUACUGUACGCUAUCACGAGUCUGGGGUUCCUGGCCGCCAUCAGCUUUUACAAAGUAGAGGUCUUCUCAGAAUUGGAUGCCCUCUCACAUUGGCUGCGGUCAGACAUGUAUAUAGGUUAUGCUGUUAUUUGCUGUCUCAUAUUCAUCACCACAUUUCCUCCCAUCCCUUUGUACUCCACACUCGUUAUUUUAUCUGGAUAUACUUUCGGCCCUUGGACCGGUGCUAUACUCUCCUACUUUUCAUCGCUAGUCGGCGCUCUCGCUGUCUUUCUGCUCUCCCGCACGUUCUUCCGCGCACGUAUUCAGCGCUGGCUGUCUUGCACUAUCACAAUCAAGCGGGUAGUCAGGGCGAUCGAGAGGCGGCCUAGGCUUCUCUUCCUCAUCCGCCUCGCCCCGUACCCUUACAACGUCUUGAACUGCCUCCUGGCAGCGUCACCGAGCCUCACCUUGCGGACGUACACGCUAUGCACGGCUCUGUCCCUCUUCAAGCUCAUCAUACACACGAGCAUCGGCAGUUCAAUACAUUCCUUCACGGACUACCACCUCAAGAAGCCUGAAGGCGCGCAACAGCAAGAGGAUCAUUCGCUCGCGCGGUACUCCACCAUUGCUGGCAUCUCCCUUUGUGUCGUGAUUUUCUUCUACAUCUCGUACGUCUGCCGCAGAGCGGUCGACGACGAGCUGGAGGACGACGAGACGCUCGCAACGAGUGACAGCGAGGAGCGCAUCGCCUUCCUCAGCCCAGAGGAAUGCGACAACCAGGACCUCGAGGCGCAGAUGGUGGAGAGUCCCAUACGGCUUCGGUCAGAGGACCACUAG